AUGAAUUAUUUGGGACCGAAUUUACUGAGACAUAAAAUUUUGAACGUCCUAAAAAAUGUUGGAAAUAUGUUGGUUUAUGGGAUUCCUGUAAAUGCGACAAUUUAUAUUUGUCGUUUUUGCUGUUUGGCUUAUGAAAAUAACUCGAUAUAUCAAAAGCAUAUGCAGGCACAUGGCUCAGUUUUAAACUGUUCGCAUUGUUCGACAGUUGCAUUUAAUGCUGCAUCGGUGAAGAUUCAUGAAUCGUUGCAUUUGGGUUCCAAUUCUGCAAAUCGAUUAAUUUAUAUUUGUUCUAUUUGUAUGACAGCGUUCUCUAAUGAAGAACGUCUUUACCACCACAUGCAAAAAAUGCAUGGGCAGUAUUUACUAUAUUUUUGUAAAGUAUGUGGUCUUGCUAACAGCGAUGGACAAAUUGUUUAUUCUCAUAUCGCAAAGAAGCAAUGUAAAGAUGAGGUGCUCGAUUCUGUAUGUCAAAUGGGUUUUGUUGCCGCAUGUAUAUUUCAUUUUCAACCAGCUGAUCCACAAAAAUAUGAAUUCUUACAGAAUAAUGGUGCAUUAGCAGUGAUUGUACCUUCAGAAUGUCUUCAUCGAUCAUUUCUAUCUCAAAGCAGUACUGAUCUCUUUUUUAUCACUUGUACCACUUGCAAAUCUUUA